UCCCUCCAGAAGGCUUCUGAAGUGCAGCACCUCCCACAGCUGCCAGAAGCAGCUCUCUCCCCGACCAUGAAAGCUGCUCCUCUACACCUGACCCAGACAGCAAGCCUAGGCCUUGGCUUCUUGCUCCUGCUUUCUCUCUGCCUGGGCCCAGGCCAAGCCAAAGAGUUGAAGUUCGUGACAUUGUUGUUUCGGCAUGGAGACCGGAGUCCCAUCAGCACCUUUCCCAAUGACCCCAUCAAGGAAUCCUCGUGGCCACAAGGAUAUGGCCAACUCACUCAGCGCGGCAUGGAACAGCAUUAUGAACUGGGAAGUUAUAUAAGGAGAAGAUACAGAGGAUUCUUGAAUGAGUCCUAUAAAUGUGAUCAGGUUUAUAUUCGAAGCACGGAUGUGGACCGGACCUUGAUGAGUGCCAUGACAAACCUUGCAGCCCUGUUUCCCCCAGAGGGGAUCAGCAUCUGGAAUCCCAGCCUGCCCUGGCAGCCCAUCCCGGUGCACACAGUGUCUCUCUCUGAAGAUCGGUUGCUCUACCUGCCUUUCAGGGACUGUCCUCGUUUUCAAGAACUCAAGAGGGAGACUUUGCAAUCUGAGGAGUUCCAGAAGAGGCUUCAUCCAUAUAAAAGCUUCAUAGAAACCUUGUCAUCACUGUCAGGAUUCACCAACCAGGAUCUUUUUGGAAUUUGGAGUAAUGUUUACGACCCUUUAUAUUGCGAGGGUGUCCACAAUUUCACUUUGCCCCCCUGGGCCACCAAGGACGCCAUGACCAAGUUGAAAGAGUUAUCAGAACUAUCCCUGCUCUCUCUUUAUGGAAUUCACAAGCAGAAAGAGAAAUCCAGACUCCAGGGGGGUGUCCUGGUUGGUGAAAUCCUCAAGAACAUGAAGAUUGCAGCUCAGUCACAGAAGUACAAGAAAUUUGUCAUGUAUUCUGCACACGACACAACUGUGAGUGGCCUGCAGAUGGCGCUAGAUGUCUAUAAUGGAAUUCUACCUCCCUACGCUUCUUGCCACAUAAUGGAAUUGUAUCAUGAUGAGAGGGGCCACUUUGUGGAGAUGUACUAUCGGAAUGAGACCCGGCACGAGCCCUACCCACUCACGCUGCCGGGCUGCACCCACAGCUGCCCUCUGGAGAAGUUCUCGGAGCUGCUGGACCCCGUGAUCCCCGAGGACUGGUCCACGGAGUGUAUGGGCACAAGCAACCACCAAGUCCUGAGGGUCAUCCUUGCCAUUACGUUUUUCCUGGUAUCUGGUGUCCUCAUGAUACUGCUCUUUGCCCUCAUCCGCCAUGGGCCCUGCUGGCAGAGAGACGUGUACCGAAACAUCUGAACAGACAGUGACAGACCUCCAGUGACAACACGGCUCAGUGAGGCAGCACCCGAAGGAUGGUCUUCCGCCCUGUGGCCGUUGUCCUGCCCAUACCCUCCCUUCAGAGUUGGUGUGAGCGUGCUGCCCCCAGGGAGGGUGCAGAGCUGGCAGGGUUACUUCUCACCACUCAGCUGUGCUGUGGGCUGCUCGUGCAGCUAGGACGGGGCUCUUGUGCAAGGGACGAUGGCUCUGUUCUCUCACACCCAGACGUCCUGAGAGAAAUAAGAAGCCAAAUUCCAACCCACCUUGUGCCUACAGAGAGGAAAGGGAGCGAACGUGGGGUGGGACUAAGACAUAGGUUAGACCACACUAGGUAAUCUGGAAUGUUAGACUAGAAGUACAGUACAGAAACAUGACUUUAGUUAUUCAGUAAGCUUAAUUCUCUCUGUCUCUGCCUCUCUCUGUCUGUCUGUCUCUGACAAACAAUUCAAUCCCAGUGCUUCAUAACUGACACACUUCUGUGUGUACAUCUAACACACAGACACACACACACACACACACACACACACACACACACAUCCAUAGUAAAAAUGUCUUUAGGUGAGGUGUUUGAUUCACAGAAACUGUAAUAUCAUUCUCUUUAAGCAUAGCUCAGGCCAUUUUCUCCCAGCUGCCAUGCAGAAAAAAAUAACUGAAAAACCAUAAGUUCCUUUUUAACCCCCUCCUAUCAACUUAUUUUUGUACAGUUGGCUUUACCUUCAUUUUUAAAAUUAUGAUCUCUGAACACUUAUAAUGGCUGUUCAUGGCUACUAUGAAAUGGUUGUUGUUAUUAUUAUUAACUUACUUCAUUUUUGCUGUAGUUCUGGAAUGCAAACUCCUGGGCCUCGUGGCUACUAGGAGAGUACUCGACCAAUGAACUAUGCCCUUAGUCCUCUCUGACUUUGUAAGUGUCAACCUGGAAAGGAAAGUAAACUGUAGGGAUGGAAACCCACUGGCUUUGGGGCUUAAAUCUUAAUUUCCUAUGCUAAAGUAGAAAACUCUAGAUAAGAUGAACAUAAAGCUUAUAUCUGGAUUUCAUUUUUUUUUUUUUUUUUGUGAACAAUUCCAUCCCACUUUCCUCACAUACAAGUCAUAGCCCAAUCAGUUACCUCCACGGCUGGUACCACCCAGGAAGUCACUAGGGAGAAAGACUAAAGAUCACCUUGUGCCAUUAUAACUAUAAUGCUGUGGGCACACAAGCAUUCGGUUGGUGAUCAAUUCGAUCUCAUUCCUCAGUAGGUUGCCCUACUUCCUUGGUUGUUGCCUAAAAGUCUCAAAGUAUACCCAGUGGGAGGGGUCAGAGAAAGGUCUCUGUUCUCUGUCCUCUGACCAUGCUCACUGUCCAUGGUCAGACUAUGGCUCCAAAGACCAUGCUCAGAAUUCACCUUGCAGGACUGUGUAGAUGCUGGGACCUCCAAUACCCAGCAUGGAAGUCUGCUCUCCAGUAAGAACCUUACCCAAUCCCUGAGCCCCACAGGUCCCCUGUGAAACACCAGCCACUCAAUCUCUAUAGCCUACAAAGUCAUAGAAAACAAAACCCGAAAAGUGCUCGCUCUCUCUCUCUCUCUCUCUCUCUCUCUCUCUCUCUCUCUCUCUCUCGUGCUUAUGUGAGUGUGCAUGUGGUGUGUGCACACAUGUAUGUGUUGUUUUCUCACUCAUGCUCAGAGAACAAAGGAGGAUGUCAUAUGUCUAUUUUUCCUCUCCUUAUUACCUUAAGAUGAGAUAUCUCACGGAUCCUGGAGCUAUUCUAGCAUCCAGCAAGCCCCAGUGAUCCUUCUGGCUUAUCCCCAACAGCACUGGGGUUACAGGAACACAUGGGACACACUCAGCUUUUUACCUAGGUGCUAGGGACUUGAACUCGGGGCCUCACUCUUGUACACUAACUCAUUUGCCCAAUUCCCAGUACCUAUCAUCUCUUGAUUGCUGUACAGAAAGCUCUCAGGCUCAGCAUCUCUGUUUAUUUUCUUCUGCUGGUAAAUACUAUAGCCAGUUUCCAUACACUAGGGCAGAAGGAAGAAUGCCAAGUGACAAAUGAUCUAAAGGAAUAAAGCAAAGAGCACAGAUGAGCUGCAGGGUGUCUCAAAAAAGAAACUAAUGAUGCAAUGUUCAACAACAGGGGAUGUUGACCCCCAAUACUGAUAAUUGCUUGGCAGGUAGGACAGAUGGGACCAUUCCAGUUGCCAUGGUAAUACUGUUGAAAUAUCACUGGAGCUGGGGUCACCUCUGUUCUGAUGAGUUUCUUGUCAUUUGAGAGGCCUUUGUGUAGCAGUCACAUGAAGCAGCCAUUAUCGGGCUGAUAAUAAUCACAUAAAAAUACUAGUGACAGGUGUACAAAAAGUACCAAGAGAGAUAUUGGCAGGUUACCGUCAGCUUUAAUGGCAUAACACAGAGAAUUAAGGGAAUAUGAUUGUGAAAAACAAACAAAACAAAACAAAACAAAACA